CGUCAUUGCUGUAGCAGCCGUCAACCAAAAUGGCGCUGGACGAUCCUACUGCCAGUCUUCAGAACUAUCAAGUUCAGCUUCAGCAGGUGGAAGCUGCGCUCACAAACGACCCGGAUGACAAGGAUUUGUUGAAACUAAAGGAGGACCUGCUUGAAGUUAUAAGCCUGACAUUGAAUUUGAUCAGCACAAGCUCAGAAGAACAGUCAGAGAAACAAGGAUCUGGCGAGAGUUCGAAACGCUCAGGAGGAGAAGCCUCAGGGUCCAAGGACGACGAUGUCGGCUGGUUUCCUGGGGACAAGUGCCUAGCUUUGUGGAAAGAUGGACAGUACUACGAUGCCACCAUCGAUGACAUCAUUGGCGAAGGGCAAGCUACGGUCACCUUCACAGCUUACGGGAACACAAUCAUCCAGAAGCUCUCUCAACUGAAAGCCCACAAAAACAAGCGGUCUAUGAACAAUGUCAUCGAAGGAGGACCAAAAACCAAGAAGCAGCUGUUGCUUGCCGAGAGGGAAUACAAGAAGAAGAAGGCCCAGAAGAAGGCUGUGCGCCUGAAGCAGAUCGAGGAAGAUCGAGAAAAGGAGAAGAACAAGUGGCAAGAGUUCAACUCAAAGGCCUUCAACAAGAACAAGAAAGGUCAGGUGAAAAAGAGCAUCUUCGCCUCGCCAGACAACGUCAAUGGACGGGUUGGGGUGGGCACGUGCGGCAUAGGAGGCCGGCCCAUGACCGAGUUCCACCACCAGGAAAAGUGGCGCAAGCAAGCGGGUGCCUCGGGCAGCCAGGCUGGCACACCAAUGCCCACGCCCGUUGGUGCUUCAGGGCUGGUGUCCCUGCCCACAUUUACCAUGCCAUCUGGAAUGCCCGGUCCUUCCAUCUUUUGAGUGGCCAGACCUCCCUUUUCUUCUCGUUCUACUCCUAGCUGUGUAGAACUUAAGACGUGUUCGUUCGCAUUGCCUUCCACAUGGGGAAGCAAGGUGAGAAAAAACGAGAAGACUGCACGGUCCUUUUCACACUUUGGUCGUGCGCUGCCGUGUCGUUACCAGUCACAGCCCACAAGUUGCUUUCUGUCGUGCACCAACCUGUCUGUGUAAAUAUUGAAAUGUCUUCAAACUGCCCAGUAAAAAAACUUGUGACAUACUUUUC